AUUUUUUAGUCUUUAAUAAUUAUUCCACUUUUCAGUACAUUCACAGAGCAGUGAUAUAAAGUUACAAUGAAUUCUAAAAAAUCUAAAAAGAAUCGCCAUGAAGUUGCAGCUCAUGUGCAAGAAACCAUUGAAAAUGAAGGCCUGGAGGAAAGGACUCCAGUUGGCAAGAGGAAGCUGAACCCUGAUGACAGUGGCAGCAAAACAAAAAAGAAGAAAAUGUCUAAAUCAAGUCCCAUCAAGAAUGUUCCUGAGACACCUGCUUCCAACUCAUUUGAAGUCAACUCAAGUUUUCCCCAGUUAUCAGGCUCUUCUAAGCAUAAAAAACAACACAAACUUGAUCAGAAAGCUGCACAAGUUUCGAGCGUGGAUGAAGAAGAUAAGGGAGAUGAUUGUCUCCCAAGCCAAGAUAGCAGCCCCAAAUGGACUGCUGAUGCUAUUGAUGAACUUCUGUCUUCAAUGACAGAAUACUUCAAAUUGAAACCUGAUGAGAGCUGUUCAUUCAGAGUGCGCCUGAAAAAGAUUAGUUGGGGGAAUUUUCCCUCAAAGUUGACUCCUCCUCGCACAGCAGAUGAAUGUUUGCAGCAGCUCCAGGUUAUGUUUGCUGAUCUCAGCACAAUUAGGAACCUGACUGAAAUGAUUGCACAAUAUAAAAAAGCUCGCCCUCAAAAGAAGAAGAAGAUUUUUGUGAAGCAACCCUUUGCACGUUUCCAAGCUGAAAGAAAGGAGGAAAUCAAGCAGAGAGGAGGCAACUUCUUGACAACGGCAAGAGCCAUGUAUGCUGAAUUGCCGGAAGAAGAGCGGCUGAAUCGUUACGUGUUACCUUACCAACAAGAACUUGCCGAAAAAUCAGGAAUGCAGGGUAAAUUGUUCAGGGAUACAAGCAUCAAGACUCACUCCGCGCUCCAUUUCUACCGAGAGAAGCACAAGGAUCUUACAAUCAAGGAGGCCAAGCUGCAGUACGCCAAUCUCUCCGACAAGAAAAAAAUGAAGUACAUUCGUCGCAGUUACAAUGAGUUCAAAAGAUUGAGUGAAGAAUUUAAUGAGGCCAAGAAGAAAACCACUGAUGAGAUCAAGCCGCCGUUUUGCCAAAUCCGUAAAAACGAUUGGCUUAUGCUCCUCAAAUCCGAGGGUAUGCCGGUCAUGGAAGUAAAAGGUCCUAAGGAUCUCUUUUUGCGGGACCCCGACAACGCAAAUGCAGAAAACCUCUCACAUGAUGCCUUCAUGAAACACCCUAACAAGAAGAUCUAUUGCAACGAAUAUAUUCGGAUGCAAGAAGACUUCAAAACCAAGUUUGAAGCUUGGAUGCCAACAGUAAAAGACGAUUUACUGAAGCCGCCUGCCGCAGCAUAUUACAAGGAUGUCAUGAAUAUCAAAGUACCAAAACCAAAACAGGAAAAAACCAAAUCACCAAAACGGAACGUCAGUGCCGCCAAGAAAAAAACUGCAGUCGUUUCGAAGAUCGCAUCGAAGGUGCGAGAGUUGGAAGACAGCUUUGUGGAGUCAGGAAUGCUUGGAAAUUUCCCAGGAGAACCCAAGAUUCCUCCACUGACAGUCAAGGACUGCUUUGCUCAUUACUACAAAUCGAAACAUCCAGAAAACACUCCGAAAGAUAUUGCCAUUGCUUUCAAGAAGCUUGAGGAAAGCCAAAAGGUGUCCCUGGAAGAAGCUGUAGAAUCAUCGAAGAAGAAUUUCUUAGAGAAAGUGAAAAAAUUUGUGGCAGAUCUGUCAUUGAUGGAGCGUAAGAUUUACAUUGGCCAAAACAGGGUAAAAUUUGUCAAAAUGUUUCUUGGAAACGAUAUUUUUGAAGAUGAUUACCCGUGUUCUGAGUAUCCGCCUUUCAAGAAGCCCUCCAAGAAGAACAGUUUAAGUGAGCCUUCUAGUGCAGGUAAGACGCUUACAUUAUUGGAUAUGUGGAAGCCCCAAAAAAAUUCCGAAGUGACAGAUGACGACCACCAGCCAUGCACGUCUACACCGCUUGCUGCUGGUAAUAGUCGGAAACUCGCCGGAAAGGAGCACAAACGUUUGAUGAGUUCAAACAAAUCGCCGCGAUUAGCUUCUCCGUCCAAGAAAAGUGAGCAGGCAAUCAAUCGGAGCAACAACAGCAGUAGCGGCAGUUCGGUGAAAGAGUCGGAUUCUGAGGACACGGAUCAAGGAUUGACACCACCUGCGCAAACCAAGGUAAUUCCCUCCCUCUCGCGUACCUCGUCACCUACUUCAUACUCAGAUAGGGACUCGGAAGAUGAUUCGGACGAGGAGUUGCCUACUAGAACAGAAAAUGAUUCUGUAUCUUGCCAACGUUCUAAAUUAGGAUUGAGCAAGUCUACGCUUGGCUUAAUUUCAGCAUCAAGUCCAAGGAAGACGUCAUUUACGAUGACAAAAAAUGAAUCUGCGUCCAGCGAACGUUCAAAAGCUGGAUUGAGCAAGUCUACACUUGGCUUGAUGUCGGCGUCAAGUCCAAGGAAAGCGUUAGCUACUGCGAUACAGAAUGAAUCUGCGCCCAGUGGACGUUCAGAAUCUGGAUUGAACAAGUCUUCUUUCGGUGUAAUGUCGACCUCAAAUUCGAAGCAGAACAAGAAAAGGAAGCUGGAAAAUAAGUCAGUGAAUGGCUCAGGUAAUCUUGCUUUGGCCCAAAAGAAACUAUGUAAUUCAGGGAGAGAUAAAGACAUCGCUGAAAGACGCAUCUCCCUUUCAAGGAAUUCAUCUGACUUGUCAUCCGAAGAAGAUAAACCUGCAAGUCCCGAACGCAAAGUGACAAAUUUGAGCCAUCAAAGCGUUAGAAACAAUUCUUCUGGCGCAUCUGACUCGUCAUCCGAGGAAGAUGAACCUUCAAGUCCUGAACGCAAAGUUACAAAAUUCAGUGACAAAAACGUAAAAAAAAACCCUCGUAGCGAUAGUGAAGACUCGAAUGAGUAUAGUGACGAAGAGCUUGUCCCGGCGUGGGGCAGUAAGUGACCACACAUCCAAUUUUAAUGAAUUUUUUACAAUUUUAGGUUACCGAUAAUAAGAAUUGCUGUCAAUUUUUCUACAAUCAAUCUCAAUAUAAUCUCUCAAAUUUCAAAAUUAAACUCAAUAAUUAAAAGUAAAUCUGUCCGAAAUUCUGAAAGGUUUGAUGUUGGAGAGUGUGGAGCUAAAUUUGUCGUGUAAAUGUUAUUUUAAUAAAAUUAAAAUAUGAAAUCA